AUGCCUCCAAAAGAGAGAAAAACAAAGGAGCAAAUAGCAGCUGCAGCAGCAGCAUCUGGAAGAAGCAAAAAGAAGAAAUGGGGAAAGGGAAAAAAUAAAGAAAAAUUAAACCAUGCUGUAUUUAUUGAUAAAGCAUUACAAUCGAAGAUUUUGGAAAGCAAAAAUAUGAAAGUUAUCACUCCGUCUACGAUAUCAGAAAAAUAUAAAGUGAAUUUAAGUGUUGCACGAUCAGUUAUCAAAUAUUUAUCAGAACAAAAUUUAAUUAAAGAAGUUUGUAUUCAAAGUCAUAGUCAAAAAUUGUACACGAAAGUUGCUUAG